AUGGUGAAGAAGGCUCAGUCUUCUCGGGGCGGGGCAUCCAAGGGAGCGGCCAAGGAGUCAUCUAAGAAGGGAAAAUCUUCAAACAAUGGCGCACCUGGUAGCAAGGCUCGAGCCCAACCGGCGGAAGCUAUAGAGAAUCAUCUGGUCUCCGCCGACACCCAGCUCGAGCUCAGGACCCAACAACUACUACUCGACCUCUUCGCGCGGACCUUCUCCAAAGAGUUGGCGGAUAGCAACCUCGACGCCACACUUCAAAUUAUCAAGGGAGCUUUGUACAGUCGUGACUUUGAGGCCGCCUUUUCCACCGAAAGCCAUCUCGCGUCGUACGCAUGCCGAUGGAGCCCGACACGUUCUCUGUGCUACGCCUCUAUAAUAGAAGGCCUCCGCAGCCAUCUUGGAGAUUUCAAUCUAGGUGUCCCCGAAGAGCUUGGUGAUGCUGCGGAAGGCGAAAACUCGCGGUGCCCCAGCCGCCCCUUGAGAAUGCUUUCCAUUGGCGGCGGUGCCGCCGAACUCGCGGCCUUUUCCACCUUGCUGAUGCACAAGUCGAUGGGCAGCACCGAGAUAGUUCUCGUCGAUUCCGGGCCUUGGGCGUCCGUAGUCGGGCGCCUUUACGACACGCUGACAACCUGUACAGCACGGCAGAUAUCCAAGUACACGAAGCACCCCGAUGACGUUGAUGCGCGGCCCGUCGUCGCAGCCGACUCCAUGCCCUUGACCUUCAGCCAGGUUGACGUGCUCUCCAUUGAUAAGGCACAGCUAGCGCAACUAGUCGGCGACAGGCCUCUUCUCAUAACCAUCCUCUUUACCCUCAACGAACUCUACACUUCAGGCGGUAUAGGCAAGACGACCACCUUCCUCCUCAACCUUAGCUCCAGCGUCCCCAUCGGCACGCUGCUCCUCGUGGUGGACAGCCCGGGGAGUUACUCCGAGACUGGUGUUGGAGCCCAGGCGAGAAAGUAUCCCAUGCAGUGGCUCCUCCACCAUACACUGAGUAAAUCUCUGGAGGAUAUCUGGGAAAGGAUCGAAACCAGCGAGUCGACUUGGUUCCGCCUCAACGACACACUAACAUACCCGAUACCGCUCGAAAACAUGCGAUAUCAACUUCAUCUAUACCGCCUUGUUCGAUCGCCCGACGAAAAGCACACCCCUGAGUAA